UUUCAGAAUACAAGACCCGCGCUGUAUAGAACACAUCUAACAGCGACAAAUACUUAUUUACAUUUUUACAAUUAAUAAGUUAAAACCUAAAUCACAUUUUAUUUGGAAACAAAUUAAGUUUUAAUCAAAUAGACCGAAAAUGGGAGAACCCAAGAUACCGAUUGAUGUUCUGAAUAACUAUGAAGUGGUGAGCGUUGAACAGGUCACUGAACCAAUGUUAACGGACUAUGUGGAAAAAUACGGAAGAGAAAUCAGCUACAAUCAUAAAUUAAACCCGAUGAUACAAGUAGAAGAUACUGAUGAAUAUAAUAGUAAUGAUUCUACUCUUAGCCAAGAAGAGGAGCGGGCCAACUGGGGAGGCAAGAUGGAGUUCCUUCUCACCUGUAUUGGAUAUGCUGUUGGCCUGGGCAACGUCUGGCGGUUUCCCUACCUGUGUUAUAAAAAUGGCGGAGGUGCCUUUUUGAUACCAUAUAUCAUCAUGUUAGCUGUUGUUGGAUUACCCUUGUUUUUCAUGGAACUAGCUUUCGGCCAAUAUGCUAGUUUAGGACCAAUUGCUAUAUGGUCCAUCAACCCUAUGUUUAAAGGUUUGGGGUAUGGAAUGGUUAUAGCUUCAUGGUUGAUUAGUUUAUAUUAUAACGUCAUCAUUGCUCACACGCUAUUCUAUCUCGCAUCCUCCUUCACGAGUGAGCUCCCUUGGAUCACCUGUAACAAUACAUGGAACACAGAUAAUUGUUUACCGUAUGAAUUUACAUUAACUGAUGAAGAACGUGUGAACUACACUGCUGCACAUGCUCACAACGGUACCAUGAACACGCCCAGUGAGGAAUAUUACAAGUACUAUGUACUAGAACAAAGUGAGCAUAUCAAUGAAUUUGGUUCAGUGAGUUGGAAAUUAGCACUGUGUCUAUUAGCGUCCUGGGUAAUCGUGGGUAUAUGUUUGUUACGAGGUAUCCAGUCUCUUGGAAAGGUUGUGUAUUUUACUGCUAUUUUCCCCUAUGUCAUGUUAACUAUUUUAAUGAUCCGUGGUGUAACUUUGGACGGUGCUGUAGAUGGUAUUAUCUAUUAUCUGAAACCAGACUUCAGUCGACUCAGUGAUCCACGAGUAUGGAGUGAUGCAGCUACCCAGAUAUUUUACUCCUUGAGUGCCUGUAGUGGUGGUUUAAUAGCGAUGUCAUCUUAUAACAAGUUCAACAAUAACUGUCUCAAGGACUCACUCAUCGUCGCCGUCAUCAAUUGUGCUACCAGCAUCUUCGCUGGUUUUGUCAUCUUCUCUAUCCUUGGUUUUAUGGCACACGAGAAAGGUGUUGAAGUUUCUAAAGUUGCUGCAGGUGGACCUGGUUUGGCCUUUAUUGUCUACCCAGAAGCUAUAGCAAGGAUGCCUGUUUCGCCGUUAUGGGCCGUUUUCUUCUUUUUAAUGAUGGCCACGUUAGGAUUUGGAUCGCAGUUUUCUAUAGUUGAAUGUGUAUUAAGUGCUUUGACUGACGAGUUCCCCAGAUAUCUGAGAACCAGAAAGGGAUCAUACACAUUCCGUAUUGCUAUCAUGGCCUCCUCGUUUUUAUUGGGUCUCCCUAUGGUCUGUAAGGGUGGAAUAUAUUUGUUAAAUUUGGUAGAUUAUAGUGUUGGAGGUUUUCCACUACUCGUUGUCGGCUUCCUGGAACUCGUCGUUUUAAAUUGGAUCUAUGGUUACGAUAAAUUCUCAGAAAACAUAGAAAUGAUGAUUGGGUCUAAACCAUCGAUUUAUUGGCAUAUAUGUUGGAAAUACGUCUCACCCAUCACUGUCUUUGUAACCAUUUUGUGUAAUAUCAUCUUGUACAAAGAACCCACAUUUGAUGAUGCACCCUAUCCAGCCUGGGGUAUUGUUCUCGGUUGGUUGAUCUCUUCAUUCCCUAUUGUAGUUAUACCAGCUUGGGCUCUGUAUAAAUACUGUUCAGAUGGCGGAUUACAGUUAUUGAAAGUAAGAAUGCGACCUACUGAUGAUUGGGGACCAAUGUCUCAACGUAAUAACGUAAAUAUAGAACUUCCGGUUUACAAUAAGAAACCGGAAGUCUCGCAUGCAGGGUUCUCACAUCUGAUCAGCAGUACCUCGACAGUUAACACAGUCGACACACCACUCGGUUCAACCAUGUCCGUAGCUGUCUUAAAUAAUCCGAAAUCAACCAACAUGUUAAAUCUUUACAAAGACGCCCCCGGUAACAAAGUUUAAUACAGAAAUCCAUUUAAACGUACUAUUUGUUAAUGAGAAUUCCGGGAAUCUUGGAUUUUGAUAUGGCCUCCCAACGAUCAUCCCUAUUGAGGAGUUGUUUUAUGUUUUCGAGCAAUGUCCAUGAACGGAAAUGGAAGACCCUCCCCGGUGACUUUAAACUAAAUGUCAUUUCAUGUCUCCGGUGGUGACAUUUUCACGUUGUUAUUUAACUGUUGUUAUUAGCUGGAUAUCACGUGGGUUGGAAAAUGCCGAAGAAUACACAAUCCUGUCGCCAUUAGUAUCAUCAAACGGUUAAAUACUCGGUUGUCAAUCCAGCCCUAAAUGCGUUUGUUCAUAUCUGUUAACUUUAGCCGAAGAUGCAUAUUGGCAACUAUCUUCUAGAAUUAAGGUUGUGUUUUCCACAAGACCAGAAAUAGAAGUUAAUUUGAUGUCCGAUCCCCAUGCUUCAUUAAUGAACCUCAUGCAAAUAUCGAUCAAAACUAUCUGCCCAUAUAUGGACAUAUCUAGUCUAGCCAGUGACGACAUAUACACGUCACAUUAUCACUGCCGAAAGUUUUACAAGGGGCAUUUACUGGUUAUCUUGUGUUUCCAAAAUUUGAGUUCUCAGGAAAAAUGAAGAAUACGAUUAAUGAAGCUAUUUAAAACAUAUUUAAAUAUUAUUAUAUUGUUUACAUUCAAAAGUAACUGUGAUAGGGUGAUUAUAUUGUACUCGACCAAUCAAAAUGCAAAUAACAUCAUUUAUCGUAUUACUUACUUUGAUUUACGUGGACUCGAUUAACAAGUGAUUUAAUUUGAAUAAGGAUACAACAUACUAAAUAUGCUAUUUUUCUUUCACAUUUAAAUAGGCAUUAUCACUUUCACCUACAAAAUAAAUUUGUAUAAAAUCUUGUUAAAAUUAAUUUCCAAUAAUGUGUCAUUGUUAUGAAUUGUUCAAACAAUGAUUUACAUUCGACCAUAAAAUGUCUAUAUGGCAGCAAGAGAUUAACAGAUCAGUCUAAAUAUUUGUUUGUGAUAUUUGUACCGGGGACUGGAUCCCAAGCCUACCUGCCUUGUUCAUCAUGAUGUUCGUCUUGGGGGCGACUCCCAAUUAAUUCAAGUACGAUCGACAUGAUGCUUGUUCCUUGGACAAUUGCGCAUUGAUUCCAAGAUGGCUGUGAUGACUUCAUUCUCGGUUCCUGGUCCAUAGGACAUUCGUACAUGUACUUGUUUUUUUUUUCGGUUAGCAAAGAAAGUGAUAGUUCCUCUUUAAGAACUGUAAAUAUAUACUGAAGUCCAAAAGAAAGUAUACACACUAAAAAUAUGACUAAGUUUUGUUAAAUCAAAAAAAUGUGAUAAAACUACACUGAACACGUCUCGUGCGUCCAAACUCAAUAUUUCUAAGCAAAUAAACGGCAAAACAAAUGGACAUUGUACCCAAAUACCGCAUACAAUGGAAAAACGACUUUGUUAGAAACAGGACGAAAUGAACAGUGUAUACUUUCUUUUGGACUUCAGUAUAUGUAUGUACAUACAUAUGUAUAUGUAUGUAUGUUAUAGUUCCCCUAUAAGACAUGUAAAUGUAUAUAUAUAUAUAUAUGUUAUAGACAAUAUCAAUGCAAUAUGUAAUUGUGAUAUUAUGUACAUUUCAUUGUAAAAAAAUUCAUUUAUUUCAAGUAAUUCUACAUGUCCAAGAUGGACGCCCAAAAUUGUCAUCAUAAGAAUCACAAAAAUAAAUUGAAAAAUGGCAACAAAUUUAUCACACAAUACUUUAAACUGGCUAUUAGAUAGUGUAUAUUACAUACAAUGAGUUUUAUUUAAAAUAAAUUUGAUGUGAAUGUUAUGUUCUAAACAUAUUAAAUUGUACAUACCUUCAUUACAUAUUUCCAAUUGGUUCAGAAGUAUUGUUAAAUGUUAGCAAAUUCGUUUCGUUUUUUUGUUUAAAAAACCUCCAGUAAUUUUUACUGUGUAUAAAUUGUAAAAUAAACGGUACUUGUGGGUUGUGUAAAAUGAAUUUAUGCACAUGAUGUAAUAUAUCUGUCCAGAUGAUCAUGACUACAGAUCAAACAACUCCGGCAGUGUCUGGGUAAUGUGGAUCAUAUGUCUGUUUGUGAUCUAUUCAUAUUACACAGUUUGUAUGAAAUAUUACACAUGACAGUUUGUGUGAAAUAUUUAUAUUACUUUUUAUGAUAUAUUUAUAUUGCACAUGACAGUAUGUAAUUUGUAAAAGACAUAUGGUCGAAUCUGUUACCAGAGUAGUUGGGGAGGACUUUUCAUGAGACCUUUUCCUGAUGCAUGCAUUUUCCAUUCGGAAAUGACGUCUCGAACCUGUCUAAUCUCCUCCCCAACCGGCCUCAAAAUAGACAAUACCAAGAUAUUUAUUAGGCAUCUGGUUCGUAGCACUGUAUAUAAACAUAAGUUCACGUCACAGUGUUUAGAACACAACGUUGUAUGUAAACAAAUUCACGUCAUAGUGUUUAGAACACGGCGUUGUAUGUAAACAAAUUCACGUUAAAAUACGACGUUGUAUGUGAACAAAUUCACGUUACAAUACGACGUUGUAUGUAAACAAAUUAACGUUACAAUAUGACGUAUGUCAACAAAUUCACGUUACAAUACGACGUUGUAUGUAAACAAAUUCACGUUACAAUAUGACAUUGUAUAUGAACAAAUUCACGUUACAAUACGACGUUGUAUGUAAACAAAUUCACGUUAAAAUACGACGUUGUAUGUAAACAAAUUCACGUUACAAUACGACGUUGUAUAUGAACAAAUUCACGUUACAAUACGACGUUGUAUGUGAACAAAUUCACGCUACAAUACGACGUUGUAUGUAAACAAAUUCACGUAACAAUAUGACGUUGUAUGUAAACAAGUUCACGUUACAAUAUGACGUUGUAUAUGAACAAAUUCACUCCAGAAGUGUGUUUAGAAUGUAAAUAGUAUCAAGGAUCAAAUUUAAAAUGAAAUUUUUUAUAUCUUAGAUUGUAUAUAAUAUAUAUAAACGUGUGUAUAGAACCUUAUGACGUAGUCGUGUAUAUAGAAUUUGUUAAGUUGUAAAUAAAUGCGUUAUACUUGAUAGAAACAUAGCCCAGAACAUUUAUUACACGCAAUAUGGUAAUUAUAUUUUUUAAAUGAGUUGUUAAUUUGUGCUGCGAAAAUAAGGUGCUUUGACCAUACUAGUAAACGGAUGCCAGUUGAAAUUUCAUCAUUGACAUUUUAAAAUUUGCAAUUCAAAAAUCAAGUUUGAAAAAUAAUUGUAAUGAAUGUGUUCGAAUGAAUGGUUGUAUGUAUUCGGAAACUAGAUACAAAAUCUAAACCUUAUUUAGUGAGAGUGUUGUUUACGAUAACUCCUGGCAUAGAAGUGGACUUAAUCCAUAUUCAAUGAAAAAUUGGUUCGCGGUAACAUCCUUUAUGGAAGCUGGCGUAAGUCAUAUUCAAUGAUAUGCGAUUACCUCCUUUUUGGAAGUGGACGUAAACUUUCAUGGGUCUGUCAAUGGGGUUGUAUCUUGAUCAAGCAUGUAACUUCAGUCUUUGACUAAUUUUAAAAAAUAAAGACCAAUUUAUAAAUGUGUGGUAUUUUGAAAUAGAUUGUACUGAAUGUGUUUUGAUUGACAAUUUGUAAUUUAGAACCUAUUUUUGUUAUGGAAUAAAUUUGAAUUUUAUUGUUAAACUAAAUCUAGAAAGAUGUGUGGACUGGUUACAUAUUAUUAUAGAAAUAAAUCACGUUUUAUAAAA